UCCGCUCUCACCGGGCGGCUCGCCCGCCUCGGGCAGGAACUGCGGCCCCGGGCAAAAGCGCAACCUGCGCGGGGCCGGGGGAAGAGGGGAGAGAAAGGUCUCAGCUUCUCGUUCCGCCCGGCCGCGGCUGCUCCCGCCCUCACCCGCGCUUCAACCCCGGCCUGCCCGGCGGAAACGGCGGCGGCCCGUCAGCCGGAAGCGGGGGCCGCGCGGUCGCGAUGCGGGUGCUGGUGGGCGGCGGGACCGGCUUCGUGGGCACAGCUCUGACCCAGCUGCUGCGGAGCCGCGGGCAUGAGGUGACACACGUGUCCCGCCGAGGGGGCGAGCAGCGGGUCACCUGGGAAGAGCUGGCCCGCUCUGGACUGCCCCUGUGCGAUGCUGUGGUGAACCUGGCUGGUGAAAACAUUCUCAACCCUUUCCGCAGGUGGAGUGAUACCUUCUGCAGGGAAAUCAUCAGCAGCCGGGUUGAGACCACCAAGACCUUAGCCAAAGCCAUUGCUGAUGCAAAGCAGCCACCCCAUGCCUGGGUCCUGGUCACCGGCGUAGGCUAUUACCGCCCUAGCCCCACAGCUGAGUAUACCGAGGACAGUCCUGGGGGGGAUUUUGACUUCUUCUCACGCCUGGUGAGCUCCUGGGAGGCUGCAGCUGCAAUUCCUGGGAGCCCAGCUCGUGCUGUCGUGGUGAGAUCAGGGGUAGUGCUGGGCCGAGGCGGUGGUGCGAUCUCUCACAUGCUCUGGCCUUUCCGCCUGGGACUGGGGGGCCCUUUGGGCUCUGGGCUCCAGCCCUUCCCCUGGAUCCACAUUCGGGACCUGGUUGGGAUCGUGUGUCAUGCCCUGGAGAGCGAGUCCCUGCAGGGCAUCCUCAACGGUGUGUCCCCGUCCUCGGCAGCCAGCUCUGGCAGCAGCUUGGCGCGGGAGCUGGGCACGGCGCUGGGCCGGCCGGCGCUGCUGCGGGUGCCCGCCUGGGCUGUGCGCGCUGCCCUUGGGGCACAGCGGGCCCCGCUGCUGCUGGAGGGACAGAGGGUCCUGCCCAAACGCACCCUGCAGAGCGGAUACCGCUUCAUCUUCCCCGACCUGCCUGCGGCCCUCAAGGACAUUGUGGCCUGAGGGCCCCUCGGUGGGGCCGGGCAGGGCCCUGUUGGUGUGAGCUCCCUGGCCCACAUCCCUUCCCCUGGGUGAAAGCGGACAGCACUGCCCCUUGACGCUACCCCAGCCCCGUACACACGGGGUAUGCAAUCCUUUCCCAUUCCCGUGCUGUAUGAAAAGGCAAAGUCUUACCACAGGCUGGAUCAUCCGGUGACUUGCACGUUCACCGUUUGUGAGGAAGCAGUUGACUGGUUCAGGAGCAGAGGGUGUAAGGAGGGAGACAAUAAGCUGUGUCAGCAGUCACAGCUGAAGUGUAAGCUGCCCCCUUACAUCUAUUUGCAGUGGUACCAUAAGUUCAGUAAGGGUCCUGUAACAUGCCAGUUAAUUUCUCUAGAGAUACAGAACUGUAGCAGUAGAACUUCACAAGUGUGUCAAUUCCUGUACACAAUGUAGGCCCUCUCUAAAUUAUUGCAUACAGGUUUCAGUCACCUGAAGGCCUCUUGAUAAUUAGAAGAAAAUUAUUUUAAGCUUCCUUAAUACAUAUAAUGUUGGUACAACACUCCACAGACUCUGGAGUUUUUCCUGAGGAACCUUUUUAGUGACGAAAGCAAAAAUAAAAGAGCCUUCACUUUCUUA